GUUGUUGACUCAACCCACCAACCAAAUUUCAAUAAUCAUCUCCGCGACAACGCCCGACAUUCCACGAUAGAGCUUUCCUGCUGUCUGCCGCUGCGGGAAACCUUCUUUGCGAGCCCCGCCGUAUCUUUCCAUUUAGUCCCUGAACCACUUCCAUUCUUAACGGCAACCCGCAGCCGCAAGGUUGCUCUUUGUCGACCGCCACUUUGGUGUGAGGUGCUUUUGCGGGGGCCACGAGACUCGCUUUCGUAGCCCUCCCCGCGUAACGCAGCGUAACGAAGGGGGGAGGAUGAAUGUUCAAGAUCGCUGUUGAAGUAGGAAUUUUUAUUUGUUAUAAAAUAUAACGCUAAACUCUUUAUACCCUUGCGAUCCCCGCGAUUCCACCACGAUCCUCUUUGGCCCUUAACACGGCUCCGAAAAUCUCGUUACCCGAACUUGCUGUUAGACAUCCCUCUGUACGCGACCGUUGUGCGCCAUCGUCUUGUCGGAUGCCUCGGCUUUGCUUUAGAUCCGGUGAAUAGCUGUAGUGGACGGGAAGGUAUCGCCUUCAUCUAUCAGCCAUGGCUCCCGCCGGCGGAGGAAAUAUUAAGGUGGUGGUGAGGGUUCGGCCCUUCAACAGCAGAGAAAUUGACCGUGGGUCAAAAUGUAUUGUUGAAAUGAAGGACAACCAAACUGUCCUGACACCACCAGCCGAUGCUGCCCAUAAUGCUAAAGGGAACAAGGACACUUCAGUGAAAACUUUCGCUUUUGACAGAUCAUAUUGGUCUUUCAACAAGAAUGACCCGAAUUACGCUGGUCAAGAAAACCUGCAUAACGAUCUUGGAAAGCCCCUUUUGGACAAUGCAUUCCAAGGUUACAAUAACUGUAUCUUUGCUUAUGGUCAGACGGGUUCCGGCAAAUCAUAUUCCAUGAUGGGAUAUGGAAAAGAUGCCGGUAUUAUACCCAGCAUUUGCCAGGACAUGUUUGGGAGAAUCGGAAAUUUGCAGCAAGAUGGCACGACAAGAUGUACCGUUGAAGUGUCAUAUCUCGAGAUUUACAACGAGAGGGUGCGAGAUCUGUUAAAUCCAUCUACCAAAGGUAACUUGAAAGUCCGAGAACAUCCAUCGACCGGCCCAUACGUGGAAGAUCUCGCCAAGUUGGUGGUUAGUAGUUUCCAGGAAAUCGAGAAUUUGAUGGACGAAGGCAAUAAGGCGAGAACAGUUGCUGCAACAAACAUGAACGAAACGUCCAGUCGAAGUCACGCUGUGUUCACGCUCAUGCUUACCCAAAAGAAAUAUGAUGCGGAGACGAAGAUGGAGAUGGAAAAGCAGGCCAAGAUUAGUCUGGUCGAUUUGGCCGGUUCUGAACGAGCAACGUCGACUGGAGCCACUGGUGCUCGACUGAAGGAAGGUGCUGAGAUCAAUAGGUCCCUCUCGACGCUUGGUCGUGUGAUAGCAGCAUUGGCCGACCUCUCUACCGGGAAGAAGAAAAAAGGGGAUAAAAAAGGUGGGAAUGUCCCAUACCGAGACAGUGUUCUUACCUGGCUAUUGAAAGACUCGCUUGGUGGAAACAGUAUGACUGCUAUGAUAGCAGCAAUCAGUCCGGCCGACAUCAAUUACGACGAAACUCUCAGUACUCUACGAUAUGCUGACUCUGCCAAGCGAAUCAAGAACCAUGCUGUCGUCAACGAGGACGCAAAUGCUCGUAUGAUUAGAGAACUGAAGGAAGAGUUGUCGUUACUGCGAAGCAAGUUAGGAGGUGGCGCGGCUGGUGGUGCUGGUGGUGCUGCCGUUCCGCCCGAAGAAGUCUAUGCUGAAGGAACACCUUUAGAGAAGCAAAUUGUCAGCAUAACGCAAUCAGAUGGAUCCGUCAAGAAGGUAUCGAAGGCAGAAAUUGCUGAGCAGCUAAACCAAAGCGAGAAAUUGUUGACCGAUCUCAACCAAACAUGGGAAGAGAAAUUGCAAAAGACGGAAGAAAUUCACAAGGAGCGUGAAGCAGCGCUUGAAGAGCUGGGUAUAAGUAUUGAGAAGGGAUUCGUAGGCUUACACACUCCAAAGAAGAUGCCUCAUUUGGUCAACUUGUCCGACGACCCCCUUCUAGCAGAAUGUUUGGUCUACAAUCUUAAGCCGGGUAAAACUACGGUGGGAAACGUGGACUCGAAUUCUGAACACCAGGCAAAUAUCCGUCUCAACGGCACCCGAAUUCUCCACGAGCACUGCUACUUUGAUAAUGCUUCAGAUGGUACUGUCACGAUAACCCCUAGCGAAGGAGCGUCUAUUAUGGUUAACGGAAAGCGUGUUGCCGAAACAACAAGAUUGCAUUCCGGUUAUCGAGUCAUUUUAGGUGAUUUUCACAUAUUUAGAUUCAACCACCCGAUGGAAGCCCGCGCAGAGAGGGACGAGACUCGACAGAGUUUGCUCCGACAGUCGAUAACUGCAAGUCAACUGGCAGCCUUCGAUCUCACCUCACCUAACUUGCGCCCAAGUCAUGAACGGUCCGUUAGCAAAGCAGGCUCCGAAUUUGGUGAGAGUCGCCCGGACUCUCCGGCCCCGUCUCGAAAUGGGCGAGAUUCGGAUUGGUCAUUUGCGCGUCGUGAAGCUGCCGGCGCUAUUCUUGGAACUGACAAAAACCUUCAAAGCUUAACUGACGAGGAGCUCAAUAUGUUGUUUGAAGAUGUCCAGCGUGCGCGAGCUGAGCGAGUCAACGAUCGCGACGAAGAUUUAGAUUCGAACACGUCUUAUCCUAUAAGAGAGAAGUACAUGUCAACUGGAACGAUCGACAAUCUCUCGCUUGAUACCGCGCUCACGAUGCCAUCUACCCCGAAAGCUGGCGAUGGAGAUGAUCGGCUGAAAGAAAUGCGAGAGAACAUGCAGAACCAAUUAGAGAAACGAAAAGAGGAAUAUCAAGGACAACUUAAAAGCGCCGAGGAAGCUAAUGUGGAGGUGGAGGAGAUUAAAAAGGAGAAAGCUAGAAUGGAAGAGACCUUGACACAGAUAAAAGCUGACAUGCAGAAGCAAUUGGAAGUCCAGAAACAAGAAUUUGAAGCUAAGAUCGAAAAGCUAGACCCCCUCAAGAGGCCUAAGGCGAAACCGAAACUAUCCGAGGAGGAAAUCGAGAGCGCUAAAAAGGUCGUACAGCAUUGGAGGGGCCGACACUAUGUCCAGAUGGCUGAAGCCGUCCUGCAGCACGCCGCUACCCUCAAGGAGGCGCAAAUCAUGAGUGAAGAGCUUGGAGAGAAUGUUGUUUUCCAGUUCACUGUAGUGGAUUUCGGCCAUGCACGUUGUUCCUCCUACGACAUGGUACUAAAUGAUGUACCUGGUGAAGGUGAAGACAUAUUUCUUGACGAAGCGCCAAAGCCGUGCGUAGGAAUCCGUGUCGUCGACUACAAGCACAACGUCAUUCAUCUCUGGAGUAUAGAAAAGCUUCACGAUCGUGUACGGCAAAUGCGCCAAAUGCAUCAGUACCUUGACCAACCAGAGUACUCCCAGCAUUUCAAGUUAGACAACCCAUUCGUCGAAACCUGUAUGCCUGAGUACUCUCUCGUCGGUGAGGUUGACGUCCCCCUCCGAGCUGUCUUCGACAGCCGAGUCCAGGAUUUCACACUCGACGUCCUAUCGCCUCACACCUCUCACGCUAUUGGAAUAAUCAAAGUCUCUUUAGAACCAUCUAGCGCCCGAGCGCCGUCGAGCACCUUGAAGUACAAUGUCGUUAUGCACGACAUGGUUGGCUUCGCCGAGCGGGAGGGAACAGAUGUCCAUGCGCAGUUAUUUAUCCCCUGCGUUUCUGAAAGUGUUACUACGACUCAAAUGAUCAAAGAGUUUGAUGAAGGGCCAAUUCGAUUCGACAGCGUUCAUAGCAUGAGUGUUCCAUUAUUUGGUCCGCAAGAUGUUAACCUUAGAAUUGCUAUUUUUGCUAAAGUUUCUGCUAUGCACCUUGACAAAUUGCUAAGCUGGGAUGAGAUGCGCGACUCAACACCAAACGCCGAUCAAAAACCUCAAGCCGCUCGGAUAAACGAGUCUCAAUUCUACACCGAGGAGAAGCACGACAUGUUGGCUCGUGUCCAGAUCCUUGAACUCAAUGAGAAUGGAGAAUAUGUCCCCGUGGAAGUAACACAGACAAGCGAAUUAGAUACGGGUACUUUCCAACUACACCAAGGACUUCAAAGGCGGGUGGCUAUCAAUCUUACGCACAGUUCAGGAGAUGCUCUGCCAUGGGAAGAUAUCAGCUCCGUUAAAAUUGGUAGGAUUCAGCUCGUGGACCACGCCGGUAAAAAUCCCGACCUGGGGUCGCCAGCGCCCGACAUUCCUUUAAGACUAAGCGCGAAACCAUCUCUUCGUCAAAAUUCAAAUGGCACCCGAGCUAUGACGAUUACGGGACAAUGGGAUUCUAGUUUACACAACUCGCUAUUACUGGAUCGAACCACGGCAGACAAAUACAAGGUUCAAAUGACUUUGUCCUGGGAUAUAACUGCUGAGAACCUCGCCGAACCGAUGAGGUUCUCCGCAGACGUCUAUUGCCAGAUUCUGGGAAGGACAUUUGUUCGUCAAACAUCAAUGCUCUCAUCCCUUUUCCAGCACGUCCGGAUCGUCCAUUCUUCUACAGCUAUCUUCACUGUGAAGUUGCGGCCCGCGCCGAUUAAGCGGGUCGGCGAUCUAUGGAGGAUGAAUAGCCAGCACGACUAUGUGAAAGGCGAAGAGAAUCUCAGCAACUGGGGCCCGAGGGGAGUAUCGUUAAUUGCCGACUACAUUGUAGCGCAAAGGAAGAAGAGGCGAAUCACCGAAAUUGCGGCAGCUCAACUGUUUCUUAAGAAAAUUGGUUUACCCGAACCAAAGAACAGGCCUACGGAGGAAGACCCCUCUGAUGAUGAUGCCUCCCCAGGACUUAAGCCUCAUGAUUCUGAUCAAGACUCGAUCAAUGCGCUUCUCAAUGAUACCCCUGAGACAUCCCGCCCCUCAACGCCGAAGCAGUCGGAAUCCGUUGAAGGUGAACAAAGCGAAGAAACGGCGGUGCUAGUUGAACAGCCCGCUGAGCAAACUCCCGUACAAACUCGAGAACCAGAAUUUAGCGAACAUGAAGCUCUGCUUCUAAACAAAUGCUUAAAACUUUGGAUGCGAUAUCCGGAUCCUGCGACUCGUAUUCUCGGCCCGGCAAACACAACGCCCCCGUCAGAUGGCGCCGCGCCAGAGCCAAUUACACCACCUAGACUAACCUCCACCAUCAUCCGGGUUCCCAAAAAUCCAAACGUACUGAAAGGAGGCUACCUCCUGGUGCCUAAUAAUGACUACAGUAAAUGGGUCAAGAGAUUCGUGGAACUUCGGCGGCCUUAUCUACAUCUUCACAAUGUCACCGAUGGCGACGAGGUGGCUAUCGUUAGCCUCCGUAAUUCCAGAGUUGACAGCCAGCCAGAGAUUUUAGCGCUAUUUAACGGUCACGAUAACGACUCGGAGGACCUAUUUCCCAUGAAUGGCAACUCUAAUGGAGGCUUCCAGUCUGGUCACCAACGAACCUUUUCUAGUCAAACUGAUUCGACCAUUCGGUCCGGAGGCUCAAAUCCCAGGUCUUCGGCUCUUAAUCUCGGUGGCUUAAGCGAACGUCUGCAGGCAGGCGUAUUUGCUGUUUACGGAACAGACAACACGUGGCUGUUUGCAGCUCGCAACGAGCGCGAGAAGAUGGAUUGGAUCUUCCGCAUCGACCAAAGUUAUUUCUCCGGUACCGCAAGCGUCAGCGGUAGCGGUGCGGUGAGCCCGAUGCCGAGACACCACGCCUUCGACGCCGAUUAAGAUAUCCUACCAUACAAAUCAAAGCAGCCAGCCAGACUGGCCUCUAUUGGAUGCUACGAAAUCACGACAGUCUUCGGUUAUUAUAGUGGAAGCAUAUACCGGUUGGGAAAUAGUUGAGAACACAGACGGCGUUGCGUUUUCUUAUGUGUUUAGAAUACCCUCUGUUGUUGUAUCAUCAGAACAAAAAGAGCUUUUUCUCUGUAUAAUUUAGACAAAUACCCCCCAGAGAGUAUUCAGAUCAUGGAAAGGGGCUUUCAAAAUUACAGGUGAAUAAGUGAAGUAAGGCGGCUACGGGGGAAGAGGGACCGGGAAGUAGGAGCGAUAUCUUUUUCCUUUGUCGUAUAAACAGAAUUCGGUCUCGAAUCUCCAAGAGUCGAGGAUGUCUAAGAUGCGCGCCGGUAUUGAUACCAUACCAAUUGGGACAGGUCGCUAGUAGUUGGACCAGAAGGGAAGUUGUCCUCCAGACAGCUUCCGUAAUGUACAGAAUUUGAAGUUAACCUUGCGCUCAUUCGGUACGCCCCCUCGGCAAUGGUGAUUCGAAAUGGCCCCCAACCCGACUUGGCAUUAGUUUGGUAGUAUUUCGGGAGGAUCAACGGCAAUAUAUUUAUAGAAAUAAAAAAUUACGAAAAAGAAACGUAAAAAUACAGACAAAACGUACAACACUGGGGAUUCGCUGGUCGUCACCGACCCAACUACUAGUCCAGCGGUAG